AUUAGUAUUUUCGAAAUGUAAAUACGUACAUACAUACCUAUAUAUUUUUGAUAUAUCUGGAUUAUUAUUGAAGCUGUGUAUAAACAUGGGCCUUUCGCUAAAUGAAUGGGUAUCAACACUGGAAAUUAUCAUAGCGAUACUUUGCAUACCUGCUGUAGUGCUGCUUUCCUAUGUCAUACAAUUUCCGAAGGACAUGCACAUGUUCUUCUAUCAAUGCUCAUUGACUACAACAAUGGUACUCUGUCUGAUCUUCGCACUCAGGGUAUGGUUCUAUGAAUCAAAACAAGCAAAAACGCGACGACAUGUGCAAACAUUUUGUGUUGUCGUUUUAUGGAUUAUGUUUAUUUUCGGUCUUGUAAUGGCGAUACUAUUUGACACACAGUACACAGGAAAACUUAUAUACGAUGUUUUCGAUCCAGCUAUUUUUGAUGAUCUCGACCUGACGCUACUAUACGUUGCUAUGAUUGUGGGCAUCAUAGUCCUUGUUUUACUCUUCAUCGUCAAUGUCAUAAUAACUAUAAGUGUUUGUAUGGGAUUUUUUAAAAGAGAAGAAUAAUUCGAGUUGAAAUAAAAUUUCCCAAUAAUAAUAUCA